UGUUAUUUGGAACAGCAAAUUUGACACAACAGACUGCAACAAACUUUAAGGCUUUAAAGUUAUCUGGAUUGACGAUAGAUAGACCUAUACAAUUCGAAUCGACUUCACUAAAUAUUAGCCUACUACAUUUUUUCCUAACUUCAAUAAAUUGGUCAAAUCAAAACUAAUGUUGAUACCCCCACCUAGCCAAUAGCGCCCCCUCCCCGGAAGUGAGAAGGGGGAAGGAAACAAAACAUAAUAACAGAGGCAGUUAUUGGGAAUGGCAAGAUUAUGUUAGUGUCACUGCUGCUGAUAAAUCUGAAUGAAAAUUUAACAGUCCCGACAGAUUAAAUGAGACAGCAGGAAUCAGCAACCGGACUUUACUGACACGGUCCUCUAAGCAGCCCAGGCUAUUUUGCGUAGAAAUAUGCCUCGGAGAAAGAGGAACGCCGCAGGAAGCAGUUCUGACGGCACAGAGGAUUCAGACUUUUCCGCUGAUCUCGAGCACACCGACAGUUCUGAGAGCGACGCGAACACGCGCAGGAAUACUCGACUGACCCGUGCCUCAGUGCGUCUCAGCCAAAGUUCACAAGAUCCCAGCCCGCCAGGGGGCACUCCCACCCGCGACCCAGAGGUGGUGCCGCCGGCAAGCCUCAUCCCCCGAAGGGUAACCCGCAGUCAGAACCUGAACCUGAACCAGAAUCUGAACCUGGAGGUGCCGGCUGCCUCUAAGACAUACCCCCUGCGCCGGAGCCGCUCAUCCGGCUCAGACUCUGAGCAGCCGGCGGAGCUCACUGAGCGGGGACUGAAGCAGGGGGUUGAUCAGGACGAGACUCCGCCCAGGACACCCACAGGCAACGCCCCUUCCUCGGAGUCAGACAUCGACAUCUCCAGCCCCAACGUGUCUCACGAUGAGAGCCUAGCCAAGCAGCUGUCACUCAAGGACUCGGGCAGUGACCUGUCGCACCGACCCAAACGCCGCCGUUUCCACGAGAGCUACAACUUCAACAUGAAGUGCCCCACCCCUGGCUGCAAUUCCCUUGGUCAUUUAACUGGAAAACAUGAAAGGCACUUCUCAAUAUCUGGAUGCCCACUCUACCAUAAUUUGUCUGCAGAUGAGUGCAAGGUGAGAGCGAGCUCUCGUGACAAACAGGUGGAGGAGAGGACUCUGUCCCACCGUCAGGACGAAAACCGACAUUCCACCCGCCAUCAGACUCCCACGGAGCGACAGAUGCAGUACAAGGAGAAGGUGACGGAGAUGAGGAAGAAGAGGAACUCUGUUCUGCUGAAGGAACAGAAGGAGAAGCAUAUGGAUCAUCGGCAGAGCCAUGGCGCCAGUCGUGAGCCUAUACUGGAGAACAUCACUAGUGAUUAUGACCUGGAGCUCUUUCGAAAAGCCCAGGCACGUGCUUCGGAUGAUCUUGAGAAGCUGCGGCUCCAGGGCCAGGUCACGGAGGGCAGCAACAUGAUCAAGACCAUCGUGUUCGGCCGCUACGAGCUGGACACCUGGUACCACUCGCCCUACCCCGAGGAGUACGCCCGCCUGGGACGGCUGUACAUGUGCGAGUUCUGCCUCAAGUACAUGAAGAGCCAGACCAUUCUGCGCAGGCACAUGGCCAAGUGUGUAUGGAAACACCCACCAGGGGAUGAAAUCUACAGAAAAGGCACUAUUUCUGUCUUUGAGGUAGAUGGGAAGAAAAACAAGAUCUAUUGUCAGAACCUGUGCCUUCUGGCCAAGCUCUUUCUGGAUCACAAGACGCUUUAUUAUGACGUGGAGCCUUUCCUCUUCUACGUUAUGACUGAAGCAGACAACACCGGCUGCCACCUCGUGGGAUACUUCUCCAAGGAGAAGAACUCAUUCCUGAACUACAAUGUCUCCUGUAUCCUCACGAUGCCACAAUACAUGAGGCAAGGCUUUGGCAAGAUGCUGAUUGACUUCAGCUAUUUGCUGUCCAAGGUGGAGGAGAAGGUUGGUUCCCCAGAGAGACCCCUCUCUGACCUGGGUCUCAUCAGCUACAGAAGCUACUGGAAGGAGGUCCUUCUACGCUACCUGAAUAUGUUCCAGGGCAAAGAGGUCUCCAUCAAAGAAAUUAGCCAGGAAACAGCAGUGAACCCGGUGGAUAUAGUUAGCACCUUGCAGUCCCUUCAGAUGCUGAAAUACUGGAAGGGGAAGCACUUGGUCUUAAAGAGACAGGACCUAAUUGAUGACUGGAAAGCCAAGGAGUCCAAACGGGGGAACAGCAAGACCAUUGACCCAGCUGCCUUAAAAUGGACCCCACCCAAGGGCACCUAGGAUGACACCGGCAAUUCCCCACCCUCAGCUAGGAAUAGACUUCAGCUUUUCAGUAGCUACUACAGUUGCCCUUCAUUUUAGGCCUGGACCACGCAGUUGACCGUGUGUAGAGGUGAUGGUGUUGUACGAGAGGUACCACAUGCUUGCAUAGCUGAAGCCAUGCUUCACUGGACUUAUGCUUCCUCAACUCUUGUGCUCAGUAAAAGCAGUGGUGUUGUAGGAGGAGAACUCAAAGGAUAUAUGGCUGUUAUAGCUGCCACUGGACAAAGAUGACAGUGGACCCAAUCAGAAGGACCCCCUCCCCCGCACCGCUCCGCCCUGACCCCAAUCACAGGGUGGAAGGUGCUUUUUUUUGAUUUUAUGUGUGUGUGAGGGACUGAGGCGGACACCCUGCAUUAUGGAAGGUGUGCUGAUGGACGAGGUGGUGACGAGUGGGAAAGCGAGUGGCAGGAGAUGGCAGUCCAGUACA